UAGCUCACAAGGCCAGUGCGUAGAUCCGGGCAAGGGGGCUUCCGCGUCGCGGCUUCCGCUUACUCCGCCGGUCGCUCUUCGCUCUUCUCCCAGCCCCCGUCGACUUUUUUUUUUUUUUUUUUUAACUUGGCUGUGACGUAUUGAGAAAGCCGACGGAAGUAUAACUGAAGGCGUUCUGAAAUGGCGAACCGGACGGUGAAGGAUGCUCACAGCAUCCACGGCACCAACCCUCAGUAUCUGGUGGAGAAGAUCAUCCGGACACGAAUCUACGAGUCCAAGUACUGGAAGGAAGAAUGUUUCGGACUCACGGCUGAACUUGUAGUCGACAAAGCCAUGGAAUUGAGGUUCGUGGGCGGUGUGUAUGGAGGAAACAUAAAGCCAACUCCUUUUCUGUGUUUAACUUUGAAGAUGCUUCAAAUUCAGCCUGAGAAGGAUAUCAUUGUUGAGUUCAUAAAAAAUGAAGAUUUCAAGUAUGUCCGGAUGUUGGGGGCACUUUACAUGAGGCUGACAGGAACUGCAAUUGAUUGCUACAAGUACUUGGAGCCUUUGUACAAUGAUUACCGAAAAAUCAAGAGCCAGAACCGAAAUGGAGAGUUUGAACUGAUGCAUGUGGAUGAGUUCAUUGAUGACCUACUGCACAGUGAGAGAGUCUGUGAUAUCAUUUUGCCACGGCUGCAGAAACGUUAUGUGCUAGAGGAAGCCGAGCAACUAGAGCCUCGAGUUAGUGCUCUGGAAGAGGACAUGGAUGACGUGGAGUCUAGUGAAGAGGAGGAAGAGGAAGAUGAGAAGCUGGAACGAGUGCCCUCACCUGACCACCGACGGAGAAGCUACCGAGAUUUGGACAAGCCGAGGCGCUCGCCUGCACUGCGGUAUAGGAGGAGCCGGAGUCGCUCUCCCAGAAGGCGGAGUAGAUCCCCUAAAAGAAGAAGCCCUUCUCCCCGCCGAGAAAGGCACAGGAGCAAGAGUCCACGGCGCCAUCGGAGCAGGUCCAGAGACAGACGACACAGAUCGCGCUCUAAGUCCCCAGGGCACCACCGUAGUCACAGACAUAGGAGCCACUCAAAGUCUCCAGAAAGGUCUAAGAAAAGCCACAAGAAGAGCCGGAGAGGAAAUGAGUAAUGGAUUCAUUUUGACGUUAGUCCAAAUGGCGUCCUGUGAAUAUGAGAGCAUCUGUUUAAGUGGAAUGCUCAAGAUCUCCU